AUGGGAACUCAAAAUAAGAAAGGAAAUAAUGCACUAGCUAAUAAAAUGUCCGAUCUUGAGGCGGCGUAUAGGCAAAUAAGUGAAAGGGAUCAAUAUCUUAUAAAGAAUCGCCGCAUAGAUGAACGGGACGAGGAAAGAGAAAGGGACGUCAAUAAGCUGGAAGAGAAACUUAAAAUAGCUAGAACCGAUGCUGAAAAUGCGAAAAGAGAGCUCAAAAAUGAACUUGAAGGUCGUAGAAUUGUAGACCGGAAGUUAAAAACGUCAGAAAAAGACAACAAAGAGCUAAGAAAUAAACUAAGCAGUCUUAGGGUGAAACUGGGUGUUGCAAAUGCUAACUACAAUGUAGGUAGACAUGAGACGGAAGAAUUAAGAAAGAACCAUCAAGAAAAUCAAAUUCAAAUUGCAAGGUUGGAGGAACGACUGAUAGCAGCAAAUACUGAAAGGGAGAAAUUAAAACAUCCUGAUAACCCAGAUGGCAGCGAAGAGGUCCAAAGAAGGCUCGAUUCAGACAAGAAAGUGUCAAAGAAACUAAAAACAAAGAUUGAAAGACUAGAGAAUUUAAGAGAAGAGGAUUUACAAGUUAUAGAACGGAAAGAGGAAGAAAACAGAAUGAUGGCCGGAGAAAUUCAUAGAUGUCGCUUGGAAAUCGCAAAUUUGCAAAAUGCACUAGAAAUGGCGGAAUUGAGCAUUCAGAAUGAGAGAGCAAACAGAGAAAAGUUCGAGAGACAGAAUAUAGCUUUACGGCAAGACAAAGCCAACUUUGAUGCCCAGAUACAUCAAUUUAAAGUAAAACUAGGAAUAAGUCAGGCAACUAAAAACGUUAAUGUUAGACAAGCAGUUGAAUUACGUCGAAAAGAGGAUGAGCACCAGCAAGCAGUUCUAAAAUUAGAACAAAAACUUAAAAAAGCCAAUGCAGAAAUAGAAAGAUUGAACACACGAAAUGCAAUGACUGGAAAAACUGCAAACUCUAUGCAGGAACAUAAGGGCAGAGUAAGCAAAUUAAAACAUAAGUUUGGGCCGGCAUUUCUUACACCAAGGGGAACUGAAGGUACAGAAAUAAUCUCCGGCUGGUCCCCAAACAGGACAUCAUCAAGAGUUGAGAAGGACGGAUUGAGUUUAAAAAGUGUUGAAA